AUGCGUAUUGAGCAGGGUUACCAUCCGUCCAGCAAUACAAUGGCAAUCCACAUUAAAGACGCCGAGGAUCUGAAGAACAGGCUGACCGAAGCCGGCGAAAAGCUGGUGGUGAUCGACUUCAUGGCGACCUGGUGCGGACCAUGCAAGAUGAUUGGACCCAAACUAGAGGAGAUGGCUGGAGAGAUGGCGGACUCUAUCGUCGUACUCAAGGUGGACGUUGAUGAAUGCGAGGAUAUCGCCACCGAAUACAACAUUAACUCCAUGCCGACCUUCGUGUUCGUCAAGAGCAACAAGAAACUAGAGGAGUUCGCCGGCGCCAACGUCGACAAGUUGAGACAGACCAUCCUGAAACACAAGUAG